AUGGAGAAGUACAGCCAGUUUCGGGAUCGCGGUAGCGGCGUCUCGCCGUUCCUGCCGCACGUCACCCCAGUUUCACCACUUACCAAACUCUGGCACAUCAUCGUCUUCUCGAUCCGGCUUCCCUUGUUCGCAUUCUAUGCAGCCUGCUAUUUCCUGGUGCUCACGCACCUCCCACUCCCAGUAGUGCUGCGCAAGCUCCUGCUUUGGGCAAUGCUAGGCAUACCAGGCAUCUGGUGGGUAGAUUUACAAUUGGAUGGUGUCAAGCGUGGCCACCUGCAUGAGCAGCCUGUGGAAAGAGUCCCGCAGCCCGGAAGUAUCAUUGCAGCCCAGUUCACAAGUCCGAUCGAUGCGCUAUACCUGGCCGCGAUUUUCGACCCGAUUUUCACCGUCAGUUAUCCAAACACUCGAAAAGUUCACCAUAUCUCUUUGCUCGGUGCCAUUGUCCUCGCUUUGGCACCGAUCAACCUGCAGCCCCCGACACGCAAGAACCUCACAACACUGCGCCAACUUCGUGAGGAUUAUCCGCACCGGGUAAUUGUCGUAUUCCCCGAAUGCAGCACGACGAACGGCAAGGGCUUGCUGCCACUUUCCACGAGUCUCUUGGGCGCUCCAGCCGAUGCGAAAAUCUUCCCCGUUAGUCUGCGAUACACACCUCAAGAUAUUACGGCGCCCAUUCCCGGGACUUACAUGACAUUUAUUUGGAAUCUACUUUCGCGACCAACCCACUGCAUCAGAGUGCGCAUUGCCGAAGCAGUCACGACCAAGUCAGACUUACCCAAUGGUUACGAAAGCGACGAUUCUUCCGACGACGAAUCCCGCGAGGCCGAGGAGCCUAUGACUCCUGCGGAUCGCCAACUACUCGAUCAUAUUGCUGAGACGCUGGCACGACUUGCGAGGAAUAAAAGAGUUGGCUUAACACUACGCGAUAAGGUGGCAUUUGUGACUGCUUGGACAAAGGGUCGAAAGUAG